AUGUUCCAAAAGAAGACUUCUAAGCAAUAUGUCAAGAUAAACAAUAUACCAAAGAUGCUUGACUUGACAGGGAUUGAUGUGAACAGUGAGAAUUCAGUGCUUUCAACCGUUACUGCGUUCAGUGAUGAAAACUAUAUAUCACGUUCCCCAUAUGAUAACGGUACAAGUACGACUUCAGCUGAUUUGGAUCAACAAAAUACUGAUGUCAAUGACUCCAGUGUGCCAACUAUUACCUCUAUCCAUCAAGAUUAUUGGGACGCAGGGGAUCCUACUUUUGUUUGCGAGCAUUGUGGAGCACAAAUGUGGUAUGCAGAAAGAACUAAGAGGGAUCGUAACCCAAGUAUGCCGCAAUUUGGAUUGUGCUGUGUCAAUGGAAAAGUUCAACUUCCUUUGUUAAAAACUGCUCCGGAUACAUUGCUUCAAUUGCAUGCUAAUUCCAAUAUGACGAGCCGCCAUUUUUUGCGAAAUAUUAGAGCGUACAAUAUGAUUUUUUCCUUCACCUCCUUUGGAGCAAAAGUGGAUGGAUCAGUAAAUCAAGGUUCUGGCCCUUACUGUUUUAGAGUUGGGGGGAGAGUUCAUCAUUUAAUUGGCAGUCUUCUGCCUGCUGAUAGUCAGUCUCCAAAAUUUGCUCAACUUUAUAUUUACGACACUGAGCAUGAAGUGGACAACAGACUUGGUUGUCUAAGUUCCACCAGUACUGAAGAUAUGCUUGAUCCUGAAAUUAUCCGAUUAUUGAAGGAGAUGUUCGAUAAGCACAACAGUAUAGCUCAGUCUUUCAGGUACGCUAGAGACCGUUAUAAGGAAGAUGACUUUAAUGGUGUAAAGUUGAGGCUUAUUCGAAGGCGUGGUAGUGAUGGAAGAGUUUAUAAUCUUCCGACAGCAUCCGAAGUGGCAGCUUUGAUUGUUGGAGAUAUAGACAGUGCUAUGGGCGAUAGGGAUAUCAUUAUUGAAACACAAGAUAGAUAUCCAUUGUUAUUUCCAUACGGUGAAGACGGUUAUCGUGAUGAUGUCCAGCGUACUGUAUCCAGUGGUAGGAAAAAUGCAAGAGCCAUGAUCAGCAUGAAGGAAUUUUUUUCGUUUAGACUUCAGAUGCGAUCUGGAGAAUCAGAAAUUCUACAUCGAUCAAGGAAACUUUUCCAACAAUUUCUGGUUGAUGCAUACACUAUGAUUGAGUUUGAACGGCUUAAUUUCAUUCGAUAUAACCAGAGUCAUCUGAGAGCUGAGUUGUACAAAAAUAUAAAACAUUCAUUAGAUAGCGGUGAAGAUGCAGCACUGAGCACUGGAAAACGUAUCAUUAUACCUUCUUCAUUCACAGGCGGACCUAGAUAUAUGGCUGAAAAUUGUAAAGAUGCUUUCGCAAUUUGCCGUUGGGCUGGAUAUCCUCAUCUUUUUAUAACAAUUACCUGCAAUCCUAAGUGGCCAGAAAUUACACGAUUUGUUAGGGCCAGACAGCUGAACCCUGAAGAUCGGCCUGAUAUUCUAUGCAGAGUCUUCAAGUUCAAAUUGGACCAGUUGCUACAUGAUUUAAAAAAGGAAAAUAUUCUUGGCAGAGUCAUUGCAUAUGUUUGUACAAUCGAAUUCCAAAAGCGCGGACUACCUCAUGCUCAUAUUCUUCUAUUCUUGAACCCUUCAAGCAAAGCUGAAAGUGCUCUUGAUAUUGAUAAAUUGAUUUCAGCGGAGAUACCUGACAAGGAAACGAAUCCUACGCUGUUUAUGGCUGUCACGAGUUACAUGAUACAUGGUCCAUGUGGUCCUGAAAAUUACAAAUCUCCUUGCAUGAAGGACGGACGGUGUUCAAAAAAAUUUCCAAAAAACUUCUGCUCCCGUACUUUGAUUGACGAUGAUGGAUUUCCUCAUUAUAAGAGAAGAAAUGAUGGGAGAGUUGUGAACAAAAAUGGUGUUGAACUUGAUAAUCGUUAUGUUGUGCCCUAUAAUGCACACCUUCUUUUAAAGUACCAGGCUCAUAUCAACGUUGAAUAUACUUGCCAGAGAAGUGCCAUUAAAUAUCUUUUUAAAUACAUCCACAAAGGGAAUGACAGAGUGACAGCUGCCAUAAAUCAUUCAGACGAUGAAAUAAAAAUGUUUUAUGACUGCAGGUAUGUCUCCGCAUGUGAAGCAGCUUGGAGAAUAUUUGGAUUUGACAUUCAUUCGAGAUAUCCCCCUGUUCAGAGAUUGCCAUUUCACUUGCCUAAUGAAAAGAACAUUAUUUUCAGUGAUAAUGAUUCGUUGUAUGAUGUAAAGACAAGGGCGGAGUCUAGACUGUCAAUUUUUGAGUCUUGGAUGGAUGCAAAUAAAAAAUAUCCAGAAGGUAGGCAUCUAACUUAUGGAGAGUACCCGACUGAAUUUGUUUUCAAAGAAAAAACGCAUGAAUGGAAUCCGAGAAAAAAAGGAUUUUCCAUUGGAAGGAUAAAUCGUUUUUCUGCCAAUAAUGGAGAAGAUUCAUAUCUUCGCACCUUGCUUAAUUUUCAAAGAGGUUGCACCAGUUAUGAAGAUCUUAGAACGAUCAAUGGCGUGGUUUUUCCUACAUUUAAGGAUGCGUGCUAUUCUUUAGGACUUCUGGAUGAUGACAAUGAGUACAUUGAUGCAAUUAAGGAGGCAAGUUCCUGGGGAUCUGCUGCUUAUCUUAGAUGUCUGUUUGCUCUGUUGUUAUUUGCCAACUCAAUGAACAGACCUGAAAAAGUUUGGGAAGAGUGUUGGAAAUUUUUAUCCGACGACGUUGUUUAUCGGCAUAGGAAAAGAAUAGGACGUCAAGAUGCAAUUCUUACAGAAGAGUCUAUAAAAAACAUAACUCUUGAAGAAAUUGAUAAGGUACUGCAGAGCAAUGGGAGAUGCCUCUCUGAUUAUCCGUCAAUGCCACGCAUCAAUAGUGAAACUUUGCUUGAUAUGCAAAAUCGAUUAGUGUUGGAUGAAUUAAUGUAUGACAGAUUUGCUUUGGAAAAGGAGCAUAAAAGACUAAUUAAUUCCCUCACUGAUGAGCAGAAAGCUGUUUAUGAUAAAAUUGUUUCAGCAGUUACGGCAGGUAAUGGAGGGUUAUUUUUCCUAUACGGGUUCGGUGGUACAGGAAAAACAUUUAUUUGGAAUACUCUUUCAGCAUCUAUUAGAUCAAAAGCUGGAAUCGUACUUAAUGUUGCUUCUAGCGGAAUUGCUUCCCUUCUGCUUCCUGGAGGACGAACAACGCAUUCUAGAUUUCGUAUUCCUAUUCAAAUCAAUGAAGAUUCAACGUGUAAUAUAAGGCCGAAAUCUACUAUAGCUGAGUUGCUGUCAAAAACAAAGUUAAUCAUUUGGGAUGAAGCUCCAAUGGUACAUAGAUUUUGCUUUGAGGCUCUGGAUAGGACACUGAGAGAUGUUCUUAAAAUUUCUGAUACAAGCUGUGUUGAUAUGCCAUUUGGUGGAAAAGUUGUUGUUCUAGGAGGUGACUUUCGGCAAAUAUUACCUGUCAUUCCUCAUGGCAGCAUACAAGAUAUAGUUCAUGCAACCAUCAAUUCUUCUCAUCUAUGGUCCCAUUGUCAUUUAUUAACUUUGACCAAGAACAUGCGUCUUAAUUCUGGAAGUAGCGCUCACAAUUUAGAGGAAAUAAAAGAAUUUUCUGAGUGGCUACUUAAAGUUGGGGAUGGUAAUCUUGGAGAUGAUGUUGAUGGAGAAUCUAUUAUAACAAUUCCAGAUGAAUUGUUGAUUAGAGAAUCGGAAGAUCCGCUGUCGGAUAUGGUUAAUUUUGUUUAUCCGAAUCUCUUGGAUAAUAUUUUGGAUCAGACCUUCUUUAAAGAACGUGCUAUUCUAACUCCUAAAUUGUCCGAUGUUGCUAUGCUAAACGAGCACCUAAUGUCUAUGAUUCCUGGUGAAGAAAGGACUUUUUUGAGUUCGGAUAAAAUUCUUAAGCAAGGUGGGACUUCCUCUGUUGAGGAUGAUGAAAUCACCCCCGAGAUCUUAAAUACAUUAUCAUGCUCAGGGAUUUCUGAUAAUAAAUUAAUCUUGAAAGUUAAAGUUCUAGUAAUGCUAUUAGGAAAUAUUGAUCAGUCGAGAGGUUUAUGCAAUGGCACGAGAUUGCUUAUUACAAAAUUAGGGAAUCAUGUUGUUGAGGCAAUUGUACUUACAGGAAGCAAUAUAUGGGAAACUGUGUUAAUCCCUAGAAUGACGAUGAGCCCAUCGAGUCAUACAUUUCUUGUAAAUUUCCAAAGAAGACAAUUCCCCCUGAUUGUAUCGUUUGCCAUGACUAUCAAAAAGAGUCAAGGACAAUCACUUUCACAUGUUGCAAUUUAUCUCCCUAAGCCUGUCUUCACUCAUGGGUAA